AAAAUUACUCAAAAUGGCGCCGAGUGUUCAUGAAUAGAGAUCAUUGAGCAAGAAGAAGAACGUCAUAAAAACAAUAAGAAAAAAUAAUCAAAAAAAAAAAAACAAAAAAGAAACAAAAAAUGAAAGAAUUUAAGUGAUUAUGCAAAAUGCCUGUUUAAUUAUGAGAUUGGAGAAAAAAUCGCACAGAAUAAUAUAUCAAUUUUCCAAAGAGCGGAAGUGAAUAAGUUGAAAACCAUAUCAUGGAUUUUCCUUAAUAGGACAUUCUUUUUACUGUAUACUGUAAGAAGAUUUUAAAAAAAUAAAAUCUAUUAUUCUAUUAUUGUCAACUAAAAAGAGAUGUUUUCUGUCUUGCAAUGAAUACAUGGAAUGAAUUUGAAAUUUUUGUCGAUUCUUGGCUACUGUAACAUAUAUAUAUGUAUAUAUAUAUAUUAAAUAUAUAUUAUAUAUAUAUAUGUGUGUGAAUAAUGAGUGAAAUCGACGAUGAGGGAGAUUUAGUAAGUGGAUGGCGUGAAUGUUCAAGUUGGCUGAUAAGAUGUGGAGCAUUACGUGCGGAUCAUCGUGCAAAUUGGCCAAAUGCAACAGCACGCGAUUUGGCCUAUAUUUUACGAGAUGGAGUACUAUUGUGCAAUCUUUUAAAUAUUUUAGACUCUGGAUGUAUUGAUAUGAAAGAUGUCAAUCAAAAGCCACAAAUGGCACAAUUUUUAUGCCUGCGUAAUAUCAAAGUAUUUCUAUCAACUUGCUUUCAAAUUUUCAAUAUUGCCGAAUCCGAUCUUUUUGAGGCGCGAAUGCUUUUUGAUUUGACAAAUUUUCACAAAGUUCUAUGCACACUUAGCUCACUUUCAAAUUCACCUCGUUUAAGGCUCAAAGGCAUUCCAGGAUUUGUCGUGAAGAAGGGACGAUCACAGGAGGAUAUUUACAAGGAUUUACAAAGCGUCGGUGCUGGGCGUGAAAGCGAUGGCCGUCGAAGGAGAUUUAGAUGGCGCGAAAGAGAUGAGGCAGGUGGAGGUGGAGUAGGAGGAGAUGAUGAGGAUUCCAAUGGCGAAGAAGGUGGCUAUGGUGCUUGCAACAGUCAUGCUCAAAGAGAAAAAGUCUAUCACGAUUUGUGUAGACUGCAUCUUCCACCUCCUCCGUCUACUGCACAGGGUGCAAUUGCUGGCGGUGAGAAGAGGGAUUACGUUGUUCAAGAAUUAGUGGAAACAGAAUGUAAUUAUUCGGAAGUUUUGAAUAAUUUAUUGAGGCAUUUUGCAAGGCCAUUGUCAUCAAUGUUGAAACCAGAGGAUUCGUCAAGAAUUUUUUUUGGUAUCAAAGAUCUAUCGGAGAUUCAUGCGGGAUUUCAUAGUUCAUUACGUAAAGCACGAAAUGGCGCUGCUUUAGCACAAGUUUUUCUUGAUUGGCGAGAAAAAUUUCUCAUCUACGGUGAUUAUUGCGCAAAUUUGACAACCGCUCAAACAAUAUUGCAAGAUGUAUGCUCGAGAAAUGAGGAAAUUAAUCAAGAAGUUAUUAGAUGCCAACAAGAAGCGAAUAAUGGAAAAUUUAAAUUACGUGAUAUUCUCUCAGUGCCAAUGCAGAGGAUUCUUAAGUAUCAUUUAUUAUUAGAAAAACUAGUAGAAGAAACUCCUCGCGACUGGAAUGAGGAUCAUCGUCAAUUAUCAAAAGCAAGAGAAGUUAUGGUUGAUGUAGCACAAUAUAUUAAUGAAGUUAAACGAGAUUCUGACACUUUGGAUAUUAUAAAAGAUAUUCAAAGAUGCAUAAUCGACUGGGAUGUACCUGAGAAUGCCGAAUUAAAAGACUUUGGUCGAUUGCUUAUGGAUGGGGAACUCAAGGUGAAAGCACACGGUGAUCAAAGAGUAAAAGCGCGAUAUACAUUUGUAUUUGAACAAGCUGUACUCGUGUGUAAAGCAGCGCGUGGCGAACAGUAUUGUUAUCGUGGAACAUUGAAAUUGGACGAUUAUCGAAUUGAAGAUCAUACUGGAAGACGAACAUUAGGUCGCGAUUCACGAUGGUCCUAUCAAUGGUUUUUGGUUCAUAAACAAAUGCGAACGGCUUAUACAUUAUUUGCGCGUACUGAUGAUCUUAAACAAAUGUGGAUAAAAGCAUUACAAGACGCCAUGGAUAAUGUUAAUCCAGCCGCAUGUCGUCACACUAAUCAUAAAUUUAAAUUAAUCACGUUCGAUAAUCCCCGCAGUUGUCAGAGAUGUGAAAAAUUUCUCAAAGGACGAAUAUUUCAGGGCUAUAAAUGUGACGUAUGCGGGCUUGCUGUUCAUAAACAAUGCAUUAUAUACUCGGGAAAAUGUAUGCCUGCACCGCCGCCUCCUCCGCCUCCGCCACCUUUACCUUGCGAACGUGCUUUAACCGAUAAAUUAUGGUACGUUGGAGUAAUGGGUCGUGACGUUGCUGCCAGUAAAUUGGAAGCUCGUGAAGAUGGAACCUAUAUGUUAAGGUUACGACCUGCCGGACAACCUCGACUUCAAUAUGAAACCAAUUUUGCCCUAAGCAUAAAAGCCGACGGUACAGUGAAACAUAUACGUGUAUUUCAACGAGAUGUCGAUGGUGCUGAUUUAUAUUAUCUCAGUGAAUCUCGCUUCUUUAAAAGUGUUGUUGAGCUUGUUGAAUUUUACGAGAGAUCAUCGCUCGCUGAAAAUUUUGAAAAACUCGAUCAACGUUUAUUGUGGCCAUUUAGGAGAGUUUUAGCAAAAGCUUUAUACAAUUUUCGUGGCGAAGAACGCAAUCAAUUGAGUUUACGUCGCGGAUGUCGUGUUGUAGUACUAAGCAAAGAAGGCGAGGCAAAAGGAUGGUGGAAGGGAAAAAUCAACGAUCAAGUGGGAUUUUUCCCAAAAGAAUACGUGGAAGAAGAAUAAAAGCCUUCGGCCUUUAAAAACAAAAAUUCUACAUCAUUAGCCUAAUCAUUGUUAAAAAAAAAAAAAAAAAUGAUAUAUGCUCAAAACAUAUUUCAUUUCGCUAAAUUUUAAUCAUCCACUGAUCAACAUUGAUUGAAUGAUUCAAAUGUGAUCGUCGUCAAAUGAUCCGAUGUGAUCGUGAUGAUAUCAAUUUAUUUCAUUAUUAAUUUUAUUUCUAAUUUUAUUUUUAAUUGUAAAAUUAACAAAAAUUAUGAAUUUAAUUAUUAUCAAUUAUUAUUAUUAUUAUUGUGAAUUUUUAAUAAUUCAGUGAUUAUUACCAAAUUAUGAAUUUUAAUAAUCUAUUUAUUGUGUAUUUUUAAAUUGUCAUUAUGAUCCAACGAUUAUUACGACUAUCCAAUGAUUAUUGCGAUUAAUGAUUCAACGAUCAGGGUGAAUGUCCAAUCAAAUAAAAAAAAAUGCGAGAUCCCUGUAAAAAAAUGUUUUGUGAAAAAAUAAAAAUAUAACGGAUUUCGAGGGACAAUGCGAGAAA